UUCCUUAUCUCUUAAACCCUCCAGGUCCCUCUCUCCUCUCAUUGGACCUCUUCCUCUCUCUGCCUAUAUAACUUCACAUGUCCCUUCUCAGAUUCCCUCAAGCUUCCCUCGGAUUGUCCCCCGAAAGCCCACAAAUCUAAAUCCCGUGAAGAAAAGGAAAACUUGUUCUGAGCCCCACAGAGAAGAUGAAGAGAGGCCAUCCCGAGACCUGGGUCGACCAAUCGUCUGGUGAAGGUCCUUCGAUGGCGGACAAGGGUAAGAACGCGGUUUGGACCAAGGAAGACGGAAUAUGCGACAGCAUGGACGAGCUUCUCGCGGUUCUCGGCUACAAGAUCCGGUCUUCGGACAUCGCCCAAGUGGCUCAGAAGCUCGAGCAGCUCGAGAUGACCCUGACUCGGGCCGAUGUCACCUCCGGUGUCCUAAACGACACCGUUCACUACAACCCCUCCGAUCUCUCCGGCUGGAUCGAGAGCAUGCUCUGCGGGUUCGACAACCCGGCGGAUCUCGUCCUGACCCAGCCCGGGUUCUGCGGAGACGGAUCCGAACACGACGACCUCAGGGCGAUCCCGGGUCUGUCGGCGUACCCGACGGAUGACCCGGACGAGGAGAAUCAGAGCAAGAGGAUGAGACUCGGGCCAUGGUACGACCAAGCGACCGGGUCGUCCCGAUCGGUGGUGCUCGUGGACUCGCAGGAGGCCGGAGUCAGACUCGUCCACGCUCUCAUGGCGUGCGCCGAGGCCGUUCAGCAGGGAAACAUGGAGCUCGCCGACGCGCUGGUGAAGCGCGUGGGUCUACUCGCGGCAUGUCAGGCCGGAGCCAUGGGGAAAGUGGCCACGUACUUCGCCGAGGCCUUGGCCCGGAGAAUAUACCAAAUCUUCCCCGGCGACACCGUAUUCUCCGGCGACUCAUACGACGACGUCUUACAGAUGCACUUCUACGAGUCGUGCCCGUAUCUCAAAUUCGCCCACUUCACGGCCAAUCAAGCCCUUCUCGAGGCCCUCGCCGAUGCUCGUGAAGUUCACGUCGUGGACCUCGGCCUCCGACAAGGGAUGCAGUGGCCGGCUCUAAUGCAGGCCUUGGCCCUCCGCGACGGCGGACCUCCGUUCUUCCGUCUCACCGGCAUCGGACCGCCGCGGUCGGAGAGCUUCGACGGGGUUCAUCAAGUUGGUUGGAAGCUCGCUCAGUAUGCGGACAACAUCGGCAUCGAUUUCGAGUUCAAGGGCUUGGUCGUCGACAGUUUGUCGGAUCUCGAACCCGAGAUGUUCGAGAUUCGACCCGAAUCGGAGACCCUCGUGGUGAAUUCCGUGUUCGAGCUUCACCCACUUCUCGCCCGAGCCGGCUCCGUCGAGAAGGUACUCGCCACCGUGAAGAAACUUCGACCGGAGGUCAUGACGGUGGUGGAGCAGGAGGCGAAUCACAACGGUGUCGUUUUCCUCGACAGGUUCAACGAGGCGCUUCACUACUACUCGAGCCUGUUCGACUCGCUCGAGAGCAGCGUGCAGAGUGAGGACCGAGUCAUGUCGGAGGUGUACCUGGGGAGACAGAUUGUGAAUGUGGUGGCGGCGGAGGGGGGAGACCGAGUCGAGCGGCACGAGAGGCUGGCUCAGUGGGGGAACAGGAUGAGAUCGGCCGGGUUCGGACCGGUUCAUCUGGGGUCGAACGCGUUCAAGCAAGCGAGCAUGCUUGUGGCGAUCUUCGGCGGCGGCGGAGGCGAUGACUACAGAGUGGAGGAGAAAGACGGAUGUCUCAUGCUCGGGUGGCACACUCGGCCUCUAAUCUCCACAUCGGCCUGGAAACUCGGUGAGUCGCGGCGGCGGUGAGUCGACUCGGGGAGAGGAGGAUUACGUCACGGAGAGUGCUAGUUAUGUUUUGCUAAACAUGCCCCAGCAGUUUCGUUAAUUUACAGUUUUAGCCCAAUGUUUUACGCUUCUGAAAGUUUAAGGACCCUUUUGGGGGUCAUCGAGUUUUUUUGUUUUGGUUCCUUCCACGUCUGUCACCAAACCAGAGCGAGAAAAUCAAUGUGUGUAAUCUAACCGCGCUGUUUCAAAUUUCAAUAAAAUUGGUGGAAGGAAUAAAUA